UGGCUUUGGGAAAUUUAAUGUUUUUAUUCAGAAAAACUCGAGUGAUCAUGUUGCUGCAAGUAUUACAUACAUUGAAAAGUACUUUGCUUUGCUUGAAAUACAUUCAUGUUGUUGUAGAUCUGGGAUUUCGUACUGAUAUCUCUUGAAAGGGUGACCAAAAUAAUUUCUGAUACUCUGAGGAACUUAUGCUUUCAUAUAGUAGCAGUUAAGCAGGAAAGACAAUCAGGAUAAUGCACAUAUCAUAUUGCCCAUAUGUGUUAAUGUUUGUACUUGAAGGGUACAUAUCACUGUCUUUCAUCAGAAUCAUACAUAUAUUUAGCAUUCACAGCACUUCUUUGUUUAGUUUGACAUUUAUUCAAACAACGAUAGUUAACAAUAGUUUAUACGCGGUUAAAAUAGAUAUCUGCUGAACUAUAACGGCUGGGCUGGGUGCGGAGGCACUCACGCCAGUGCUCUCCAGUUUGAUAACUGCUUAUACUUCAAUAAAAGACGUAAGACAGUUGCUUAAUUGGGUUUUUCGGAAUAUAGUAAGGACACUUAGUUUUGUUUUGAAUUUAGGGGUGUAAUAAGGCAAAGUGCACAUUGCUGUGACAAUUAUUUCUAUAAAUUUAAAACUAUAUGCAAUAGGGAUGUUGUGGAUAAUAUAAGGGUUGGGCUGAAUGAUGGGGGGAUCUUUUUUUGUAAUUGGUAGGUCCAAUGGAAUGGCAUUGAGUAUACACGCCAUGCUAACUAGGAAAUUUGGGUUGCAUUAGGUAGGUAUAUAGACUUGAACUUUCUACACUUCAGAAACAUAGACAAUGGUCAUAUACAAUAAUGAAUGUUAUGAGCUUCUUGAAUGAAAAAGUAAAGUUUUUCUCUCAUGUGGAUUUCACCUUUCAGUAUUUGGAACCUUUUGUUCAAAUCGAAGUUUUGAAACCUUGCGUUCAUCAAAGUCUGUCUACAUUUCGCUUUGUAUUUUUCAAUAGCCAACAAAAUUCCUAAGCUCUUGCAUAUAAUGUCAAUUGUUUAUUUAUUUUUCCUGGUGAAAAUAUAAUGUCAAAUUUCAUCUCCAUCUGUAUUGCUAGCCAUUGGAGCUCUUGCGUUAUCUUUGAAGUAGAUUGACUGUAUUUCUGCUUGUUUACUGAUAGUAGUAAAGAAGCUGAGCAUAAGAUACAUGCAUAACUCAGAACAGUCAUUCUCCUUUUUCAUUUGGCAGGGCGAUUUAGACGAUAAUUAUCAAGCAUAGCUGCUGGAUGUCUCCUACUACAAAGUUACUAUCUUAGCUUGUUAGUUGUAAGUAAAAUGUCCAGGUGAUUCUGACUACGCCGAAUGAGGAGAACUAAGUAGAAGAAACUUGUUUUGGCUUAUUUUUGUUAUUUUUCCCAAUGGGCGAACAUAUUUACGAACUCGAGUUCGAUUGCAGACUGUAUCUACAACAGUGAUCAACUUAGAUGAGCUUAUCUGCUUAUGUAUAUUGUUUGUUGAAAGCUGUGGUAGUCUUAUUUUCAAGUCGUUUUUCUUUAAUCUGCGGAUAGUACUGCAAACAGGGGUAUUUUUGGGUUUUUUGCAUACAAAUGUGAAUCUGAUCAGAUAAGCUUUUUUAGCCCAAGAACACCCAAAAUGAUAGGUCCUUAGCCAACCAAUUCAAACUGGUAAAAUAAACUCGAAGCUCAGAAGACAAUUAUGGAAACCUUUGCCUAUACAAGACCAAGACCUUUAAUCAUACCCUCCCAAACUUCAUUUCUCUCAUCAAACUCCCCUUCUCAGCUUGGAAUUCUUACAUUAAAGAAUGGAAGGAACAACCAAUCUCCUCCUAUACUACAACUCACUUCAAUAUCCGCAACUUUGAAUACUCCAAAGGGUUUUGGACCGCCGCCAAAGAAAUCCAAAAGAACAAAGAAAUCAAAUAACGAUGACGAAGACGAUGAAGACGACGAAGAUGAAGGAGAAGACCGAGGGGAAGCCGGUGUUAUACCGGAGAUAGUGACGAAUAGAAUGAUGAGCAGAAUGGCAUUUUCAGUGGGGAUCCCUUUGUUUACAGGGCUGUUGUUCUUUCCAUUGUUCUAUUAUCUUAAAGCUGGGUUGAAGAUAGAUGUGCCAACUUGGAUACCUUUCAUUGUGUCGUUCAUCUUUUUUGGGACAGCACUUUUGGGAGUUAGUUAUGGGAUUGUUUCUUCAAGUUGGGAUCCCCUGAGAGAAGGGUCUUUUUGGGGUUGGACUGAGGCUCAGAAGAAUUGGCCUGUUUUCUGGCAAUCAAUUUGGGGAGGAAGUGGAUCAAAGAAGAAGUAACUAUGUACGAAUUGCUCUUUCAGCUACCAAUUCAUUUGCAAAAUUUUGUUCUUGCUAUGUUGUAAGUUAAUACAAAGAGAUCAUCACUUCUUCCAAUCAUUUCUAAAGUAGUAUUUUCUUUUGGUGCUCUGCAGAGUAUAGAAUCCACAUAGCUUUUUUACUAUUCCCCCCUCCCAUUUUCUCCUUGCAGUUGAUAUUUAGGGUUAAUGGCUAUUUUCAUGUUUUCCUUAGGAAUGGAAAUGUUUAGGACUUCACUUACCUCCACCCCACCAUGCUAAAAACUCUUAACUAAAUUUAAGAAAUUAUGGACCAUUUGAUCUUAAAAAAUGGAACUAUUAAUAAUAAUAUAAAUCAGAUAGGCG